GAGAGAGAGAGAGAGAGAGAGAGACUUUAGAGUGAUGGGAGCGGGCUGAGCAAGCAGCAGCGAGUCAUCGCUCUCCAAGCUGCUAAUGACAGCAGGCAGACAGAUGUGAAGGAUGGCGUCUUGCUCUGAGAUCUGUGGGUCGGAAUAUGGCGAGCAAGCCCAAGUCAGCGGGAAUUGCCAGCGGUAUGGCGUCCGCUCCUAUUUACACCAGUUUUAUGAGGAGUGCACAGCCUCCAUCUGGGAACGUGAUGAAGAUUUUCAGAUUCAGAGAUCGCCUAGCAGGUGGAGCUCUUUACUCUGGAAGGUCUGUCUCGCGUUUGGCACCUUGAUCUUGUUUACGGGCCUGAUUGUCAUUGUCGUGGGGUAUGCUACUCCAGCUAGGAUUGAGGCAUUUGGUGAAGAGGAUCUUCUGUUUGUGGACAGCCAGGCAGUCAGUUUCAACCGUGCGCUGGAUAUUUGCAAGCUGACUGGGGCUGUUCUGUUCUGUGUGGGAGGCACCUCAAUGGCUGUGGGUCUCCUGCUGUCUGCCUUUGCCAAAAGCUACUCCAAAGAGGAAUUAUUUCUGCAGCAAAAGUUUAAGGAGCGGUUGGCUGAUUUGCAUUCAACAGUCGGUACCCCCAUAAUGAGAGCACCAACCCCAGGGGAGGGAAAGGUGCCAGUUACACUUUCCAAAGUCCAGAACAUCCAGCCGGCAACCCCAAAGUCAGAAACCUGACAGCAGUCUUAUGAAGGGGGACGAAUAAGUUUGUUUGCUGAGUGAUGGGUGUGCAGACUUUGAGUGAUUUCACUGCGUGUAUGUCCAUUAAUGCAGAGAUGCUAUCACCUAAAAGGUCAUCUUACAUGACUGAUAUGGCCAACUCUUCUCACUGUUUGACACAAGAUUACAAAGUUGACAUUUCAUGUGUAUCAGCUUUUUACCCGACAAAACACAAAAAGGUUGUGAGUGCUAACCAUACACAGACAGAGAAAGUAACCCAAGAACAAAUCAAUAGAACACAGCCACUGAACAAGUCAACAUUUUUCUUUGAAAUGGAUUUGCAUUGUGUCUCCUGCCAGAGAGGGGCAGAGUAGCAGCAGGCAUUUUUGAUACUGAAGCGGCCAUUUCACAACGGCCAAAGCACCAGACACAAGAACCACUCAUAAAUGCAUGACUUAUUGUCUCAUAAAAUUACCAGCACUUUACUGUCUACGUUUGAGAAAUAGCAACCGUGAGGAUAUGUUAGAUAAUUGUGACCCACUGGGGCAAAUUGGAUGAGCUAAACAGAAUAGACUUAAGAGUGUGACAUUGUCUUCUGAUAUGUUUGACCUUCUUUUCUGGAGCAAAACCUCUGUCAGGAACUAAAAGCAGAAGUCCUGAUGAAAGAGACACUGGAUGGGUUCGAACUUCCACAACACAGUCUGUCAAUUACAAAGAAAAGCACAGAUUUUGACAUUUCUCAUCAGUCAGCUAGCAUCAUAAUCAUGGCUUAUUUCUCCUUUAAAAACAAUUUCUCACAUAUUCUAUUGUUUUAUUACAGCAGGGGUUCUUAAACAGAGGAUGGUCAAUAACAUUGCACCUGGAUUGAAUUCUUUCUACACUUUAGUCUAAAGCACCCCUGAGGUCAAACAAUUCAUAGUUCAUCAAUUUAGCCAAAACAUCAUUUGCCACCCCCCAAAAAAAAAAAAUUAACAUAAUGCUUGGUUUAUCAAGAAUUGCAGUACACAGUUCAAGCUAUUUUUACAGAUCUCUUGAAAGCGGCUAGUUUUGGGCAUGCUGUCUCAUGAAAAUGAGCCACUGCUCGACUGUAUUGUGGUAGUUUGGCUUUUCGUUCCCUUGACGACCAGGGCCGAAGCCGUUUUGAGUUCCUAAUUUGAAUUUUUCUUUAGAAGCAAAGCAACACAAGCGCUCUUUAAUGUUUAAAUUAAACACUGGUUGUAUUUCCACUCUAAUUUACAUGUAUCAAUCUGUGGUGCAUGCACGUUGCCCUGUGACGUCACAGACGGGCCAAACUGACUGUUGAAGGGUUUACCUGUAGACACGUUGGAAAUAGUCAACUUACAAUGUAUUGAAUUGGUUGUGCAAUUUUACAUUUGAUCGGUGGGUGGGCACCUUUGUCGUUAAUUGAAGAGAGUUAUACUGUAUUGUUAUUACUUUUAAUUAUUAUAACAUAUUUUUACACCUAUAUAAGAAUCUUAGAAUGUUACUUUCAAAAUUGCCUGAACGGUUUAAACCAGGAGUAGAAUAUUUAUAUUUUCAUGAUUUCGUUUUGGGGCGGGAAGGUUCCAAAUCUGAAAAAUGUGGAGAUUGGCCAGCGUCCCGAAAUACUGUAUAUUGUUUGUACUCAGAGGUUCAACUGUGUUACUUGAUGCAAGAACAUUCAUAAACAUUAUCUUGAUGGGAAGGUCACCCACCCGGUUUAAUCGUUAUCCUGAAUUAUAGGAAUAAUACAGUGGUGGUCACAAGACAAUUCAAAUUUUGUCUUUUUAAUUUCUGCAUUACUGGUAUAGGACCCUCCAACAAAUUUACAUCAGUAUUGAAAAUGUUCAUGUAAGUCACCAAUAUCCUCUUCAUUUUCUUUUUUAUCAAUUUGGUGAUGUUGUUAUGACAUGUUUUUGGUUUUUUUUUUUUACCUCACAAACCACAAAACUAUAUGAUCGAUAUUGUUAAUUUUACCCAAUGCCAUGUAAUCUGUAAUCCUGUUCAGACUAUAAAACAAGAUGUGGAAAGGUUGCGUAUGUAUGUGGGUGAUAAUAAAUAUGGUCACUAGUAGUC